CCCAUAUAAAUAAAAAAGCCAUUUUAUUGUCAUUUAUGUUUUUUCCAAAACAAGUAAAAGUUCCAAUUUAUUUGAGAAGAAAAGUAUGAAAUUUAAAAUUAACGCUUUGAAUUGAAAGAAUAUUCAGACCAAUUAAAUCACGUGUCUUUUUCUUUAAAUUAGAAGAAUAACAUAAAAUACUUAAGCUGUUAAUAAUUUAAAUCUUUAUACUAACAGAAACGCUGCAGAUUUCUUACAGUAUCAGACUCUAGACUAUGUCUAGUAUGAGAUUAUUCAGCGUUUAAUAAAACUUGCUUUAUUUAUACUGCCCGCCCCCUCUCCGUUUCCAACGGGAAGUUGGGUUAUCGCACGUUACUGUUUGUUUUGUCUUUAGCAGCAGUGAGCGUGUCUAAGCUAUGCUCUGAUUGGACGGCGGCUCUCGUCCGUAUACCACUCGGUCCGCGUGCUGAUAAAAGAAGGCCCCGCGAGCCUAUGAGCACGCGUGCCGCUUUCUCUCCUGUACCGCGCACUCAAACUCAUCCGCGCCAACAAACUCUAUCCAAACCGGCCUGAGCUUCUGAAGAAAGCACUACCCACAGUUUAGCGAGUUCCCCCACCUUCUCCUUCUUCUACAGAGCGUUUUAGGAGUUACAACCUCUCCACUCCACCCCCUCCUUUUCCCCCUCCACCCCUCCUCAUCCUUACCCCUGACGCACGCGCCGUUUGGGUUCAGCUGGACUUCUUUUUGCCCCGCGCCCCUCUCUCCGCACAAGAGUUUGUGUUCCUUUUUAAACAUCAGUUUAUGGGAUUGCCCAUCCCCGCAGCCUUUUGCCUGGACCAGUGUGUGUGCGCGUGUGUGUGGGUUUGUGGGUUUUCUCCUGAGUGGACCCUGAGUGUGCAGUGUGUUUAACUGAAGAGAAGAAUGUCCACUUUAACGGGGACAGUGCCGAGGAUGAUGCGCCCAGCUCCAGGACAAAACUACCCCCGAACCGGAUUCCCCCUGGAAGUGUCAACUCCUCUGGGUCAGGGCAGAGUGAAUCAGCUCGGCGGGGUGUUCAUUAACGGCAGACCGCUGCCCAACCACAUCCGACACAAGAUCGUGGAGAUGGCGCAUCACGGCAUCAGGCCCUGCGUCAUCUCUCGCCAGCUGCGCGUGUCGCACGGCUGCGUCUCCAAGAUCCUGUGCAGGUACCAGGAGACUGGCUCUAUCAGGCCUGGAGCAAUAGGAGGGAGCAAGCCCAGGCAGGUGGCCACACCGGACGUGGAAAAAAGGAUAGAGGAGUACAAACGUGAGAACCCAGGCAUGUUCAGCUGGGAGAUCCGAGACAAGCUGCUGAAGGACGGAGUGUGUGACAGAAGCACAGUUCCUUCAGGUGAGGCCUCAUCUGUAAGCUCUAUCAGCCGGGUGCUUCGCGCCAGAUUUGGAAAGAAAGAGGACGAGGAUGAGUGUGAUAAGAAAGAUGAGAGCGGGGAGAAGAAAACGAAGCACAGUAUUGACGGCAUACUUGGUGAUAAAGGGGGCCGUGUGGAUGAAGGCUCGGAUGUGGACUCAGAGCCAGACCUGCCGCUGAAGAGGAAGCAGAGGCGCAGCCGCACCACCUUCACUGCAGAGCAGCUGGAGGAGCUGGAGAAAGCCUUUGAAAGGACACACUACCCUGAUAUCUACACCCGAGAGGAGCUGGCCCAGAGAACCAAACUGACCGAGGCUCGCGUACAGGUGUGGUUCAGCAACCGACGAGCCAGGUGGCGCAAGCAAGCUGGAGCCAAUCAGCUGGCUGCCUUCAACCACCUGUUACCAGGAGGUUUUCCAGGAACAGGCAUGCCCACGCUGCCCACGUACCAGCUGCCCGAGCCCACUUACCCUUCUACCACACUGUCACAAGAUGGCACCAGCACCGUGCACAGGCCGCAGCCUCUGCCCCCCUCCACCAUGCACCAGGGCGGCCUCUCCAGCGACAGCGGCUCCGCCUACGGCCUCUCGUCCAAUCGCCACAGCUUCUCCAGCUACACCGACAGCUUCAUGAGCCAGUCGGCUUCCAGCAACCCCAUGAACCCCGUCAACAAUGGGCUCUCUCCGCAGGUAAUGAGCAUCCUGAGCAACCCCAGCGCCGUGGCUCCUCAGCCGCAGCACGACUUCUCCAUCUCGCCCCUGCACGGCAGCCUAGAGGCCUCCAACCCCAUCUCAGCCAGCUGCAGCCAGCGCUCUGAACCCAUCAAGACGGUGGACAGCCUGGCCUCCUCCCAGUCCUACUGCCCGCCCACCUACAGCACCACCAGCUACAGUGUGGAUCCUGUCACAGCCGGCUACCAGUACAGCCAGUACGGCCAGACUGUCAGGCCGAGCGUCUCCAGUACGGACAGCUGGCCCACCCACAGCAGCAGUGGACUACCUGGCGAAGAAUGUGAGCUUGUCCACACAGAGGAGAAUGAAGCUGGGGGAGCACUCGGCCGUGCUGGGACUUCUACAGGUGGAGACAGGCCAGGCCUAUUGAUGCUCUCGUCCUCGAGACCACAGCUUCUCUUCUCCUUCGCCAGCAUUCCUCCAUCUUCCAUCACGACACUUCUCUAUUUCUAUCUCUCUCUCUUUCUCUAUCUCUUACUCUCUCUGCGCUGCGUGAGAAGAAGAGAACGACAGAGAAGGAGCUAAAAUCAUGGACAGCCUUAGACUCCUGACCUAUGGCUGAGUGAAUACAAAAGCCAUUUAAUAAACACUAGACACUCGAGUGCCGCCUCUCAUAUCUCUCUCUCUCUGUCUCUCCCUACAAAACCGCUUCCACUCUGAACCUCCUCAACCAUCUCAACAAAGAGACUCUUUCAGGGUCUCAGAGGGGCUGGAGGAAAGCAGCGUCUGUUAUCUGGGCCCGCAUCAGGGUCGCCGCGGUGCCCUAGCCGUCAGCAGUCAAUGUUCUGAUCACACACACACACACACACACACAGGCCUGCGAUGAUCGCGGCCCCGCUGCCCUCUUCUCUGAAAUGUUCAUAAGACUGACUCCAAAUGAUGGUAUUUCGAUUAUAUUUGAUAUAAUGAUUGUGGUUGUUUCUAUUACCGUUGCAAAUUAUUAUUGUAAUGAUGUUCUGUUUUUUUUUUAUUAUAUUAUUAUUAAUAUUAUUAUUAUUAUUAUUUCGUCGUUUCGGGUUCCUCUGCAAAGGUCUGUUUUUUAGCACGUUGUGGAGGUGAGCAUGGAGAGAGGCUGAUAGCUUUUCGAGCUGCCUGCAAUGCGUGUUAUUCGACCUUCACAUUUUAAUCUCAAGCUUGACAUUCCGAGAGAUCUGGGCGAGUCGGUGGGGUGUCUAGCUCAGCGGAGUCCUCUGGGGGGAGAGAGAGUGGCCAAUGAGGGCUCCAGGAAUUUCCAAUCCCUUUCCUUUUCCCUUCGUCCUCACAUGUAGCGGCCACUGGGAAAAAAAAAACAACAACAGCACAGUGGUUAGAAAUAUAAAUACGUAUAAAAUGUUAAAAAAGUCUUAAAGCGAUGGGAGCAGCAGCCUUUUAAAGCCUUUUUAUGUUUUAAUGGGAGAGAACAGUCAUCAGUAUUAUUUAUGGUGAGUUUGUCUUAUAGAGAAGGAAGACAGCACUGACAUUCCUCAAGCAUUAAACCUAGAAAAUUACUUAAUUUUUGAUUAAAGCAAUCAAUCUUAUUCAAUUUUACUGAAGUAUUUCCACUUAAAGAUCUUAAAGCACAAGUAACCCCUGAAUUGCACAUGGACUUUAGUACUUUUCCAAACUAUUUUAGGGCAGUAUGUGUAUUGCCUUUACAUUAUAGCAUUUUAGUUCUAAAACGGUGCUCGAUUCCUAUUUUUUUUUUUACACAUUCCAGUCAGAAUAUUAUUACUGCCUCCGUAUUUCGACCUAUAUCGGCACACUCUGUAGUUCUAUAAUUACAGACUAUAGUUGAACUGUUUCUCUGCAUACUUUAAUAUUCACCUUCCGUUCACCUUGUUCUUCAAUGCUCAGGACUCCACAGUACCACCACAGAUCAGGUUAAGCUACUAGCUGUUUGGGCGAUGGGUCAUUCUCACCACUGCAAUGAUACUGACAUGGUGGAGGUGGUUUGUUAUAAAUAGAUCAGACACUGUAUUUAAACACCUCAGCAUCACUAACAAUACAGUACCUGUUAUAUCUGGUUCGUGGUGGUCUCUCCUGUAGGAUCCUGAUCAUUGAAGAACAGGCUGAAAGGAGGAUAAUAAAGCAUGCAGAAAAACAGAUACAGGAUUACAGACUGUUAUAAAAGAACAGUCUAUAGAAAAAAGUGAUUAACUAUGCUUAUAUAUGUGGAGCUGAUAAGAUGAUAAGACAAAGAAAGUAACUCAAGAAACUGGUCAUAGAGGUGGUAAUAAUAUUCUGACUGAACUGUGUAUAUAACUACAGCUCUGUGGAAAAAAAAAUAAAAGACCACUUAAAAAUGAUGAGUUACUUUGAUUUUACCAAAUUGAAAACCUCUGGAAUAUAAUUAAGAAAAAGAUGGAUGAUCACAAGCCAUCAAACCAAGCUGAACUGUUGAACUGUAAUUGUUUGCACCAGGAGUGGCAUUAAGCUAUCCAAAAGCAUUGUGUAAGACUGGUGGAGGAGAACAUGCCUGAAAAUGCACGAAAACUGUGAUUAAAAACCAGGGUUCUUCCACCAAAUAUUGAUUUCUGAACUCGUAAAACUUUAUGAAUAUGAACUUGUUUUUUUUUUUGCAUUAUUUGAGGUCUGAAAGCUCUGCAUCUUUUUUUUUGUUUCAGCCAUUUCUCACUUUCUGCAAAUAAAUGCUCUAAAUGACAAUAUUAGUAGUUAAAUCUAAAUAGCAAAAUCAGAGAAACUGAUUCAGAAAGUGGUCUCUUAUUUUUUUCCAGAGCUGUAGAUGACAUUCCACAUUUUCUUUCUUUUUCUUGUUUUGUUCCUGUAUGCUGCCUUUCUGUCAACAACUCAAUCACAGGUAUACAUUCAGCAAUGAUUACCUCACAGUUUGCAGUUGAAAUGUAGAUUCUAGAUUUUAUAGGGCAUUGUUUGAGCUCGGAUUUCAAACUACUUUUGCUUCUUAUGAAGAUGAAAAAGAACAAAACUGUAGUAGCACUUGAAUGUGAAUUGGUUGUUGAUGAGAAAAAAAAAAACAGACCAAACAGCUUUGUUUAAGAGUGGAGUAGACGAGAUUUAUUGCCACGGUGUCUAAAAAUUCCUUAAAAACUACGACAAAUGAUUUGCUCUCUUUUGGUUUCUUUCUUAUACCCAAGAUACAAAAGAUAAACUGCUUGUAUGUAAAUUUCUCAUUUAUGUAAGAAGUGUCUAAAAAAGCUAAAUCCCUCACAGGAGAAGGUGUUGAUUGAUUUUGAGCCACAUAAAUAAUCAGUGUUAUGAGUUUACAUUUUUUCCUUUGAUUCCCUACUUAAAGUCUCAAUAGAGCACCUCACUCACAACGCUCUACAAAUCACAGCAUCGUUACACAGCGACAGGACCUCCACGACCAGGAUGAACUGAGAGUGAACUGAGAGCUCAGACACUUUACCUGCUGUCCAGGACCAACACCCGCCCAUUCCUGGGUGCCGCCCAGAAAUGCACCGUGACAAUGCUAAUGGGGGCUGGUGGGUGGAGCUUUUCCAGACUGAACCAAUCAGAAACUAUCGACGAGCCCACGUCCAGGCCACAUCAUGACCCAGCGCCCAGGCUAACGCAUGUAUUCAGGAAAAACGAAAACCAACUCACUCAGGCACACGACCUCGUGCCAACAAAGACUGCUAGCAUUUCAUUUUAACACUUCAAACCUUUUGUAAUAAAAAUAAGAAAGACAAAAAAGAAGAACUGUAAAGAAAAAAAAAGCGUUUUUAGUGUGUAGCACUCAUUUCUAACACAAGCAUUAAUCUACCUUUGAGAUAUUUAAAGCACUAUUUUACUUGGCGGUGUUGGCGCCGCCUCCCCAAAUUGCUUUCUAGCUUCAGUUGGACCAUCACGUUCACAUUCCUACGUAGAUCACUCCUUUUUCGGUUGUUUUUUUAUGUUUCUCCAAACGUUUGUAAUUUGCUUUGUUAUCUUUUUUUUCU